UGCAAUGAAGCGUGUGGGGCCAACUUCACACCAUUAAAGAGUCCUACAGCUGGCCAAAAGCGCUCUCAAACACCAACAGAUUGAUUCUGACGUCGAAGGCAUGAUGUCGAUUCACGCGAGCCUGGCUGUCUUCGCACUCAUACUAAUCGCCAGCGGCUCACCGACGCGCCUUGAGGAUGAAGUCGCCGCAGCAGCUCCAACCGCAGUUGUCAAAAAUGGCAGCUAUGUCGGCACGUACAACCCCUCAUACGGGACAGACCACUUCCUCGGAAUGCCGUUCGCUCAGGCACCGGUAGGCGAUCUACGAUUCAAGGUACCGCAACCACUCUCCGAAUCCUGGCUGGAAGAACGGAAUGCCACAGAAUAUGGCUACGAAUGCGUGGGCUAUGGACGCGACACCUGGAGUCAAGGAAAUUAUGUCAGCGAAGACUGCUUGACGCUCAAUGUUGUCCGCGCUAGAAGCUCAGUAGGUCCACAGAAGGAUCUCUUGCCGGUGCUGGUCUGGAUUCACGGAGGUGGCCAUUACAUGGGUGGCUCAGCGGAUCGUAGAUACAACCAAUCCUUCAUCGUUCAGCAAGCAGAGGAAGCUGGUCAGCCAAUUGUCGCCGUAUCUAUCAACUACCGCCUGGCAUCUUGGGGCUUCCUGUAUGGCAGAGCAAUACAAGAAUCUGGCAACACGAUGCUCGGCUACCGCGACCAGCGUUUGGCAUUACACUGGGUUCAGGAGAACAUCGCAGCUUUUGGCGGAGACCCAUCGCGGGUGACAAUUCAAGGAGAAUCAGCAGGCGCUAGUUCCGUUGGCGUGCACCUGCUUGCGUACACAGGUCGAGAUGAUGACCUUUUCCAUCAAGCCAUUCUUCAAUCUGGGACUGGCACUUUGGCAGGCAGCAACGUGAUUCCGACUGCAGAAUCUUGGGAACCUGUCAUCUCAAACAUUUCCUCUGCUGUCAAUUGCUCCGACGCCACAGAUCUCCUCGCAUGCUUACGUGCCGUACCCUAUGAGGAAUUGAACGCAGUCCUCAAUUCAACAGCCACCUCUGGUGCCUCCUAUGGCCUCGUCAUCGACAACGACCUCAUUACCACGCCAGGCAUCUGGCAAAUUUCCCACAAUGAAUUCGUCCAUGUCCCAAUCCUCGUCGGCUGCAAUACCGACGAAGGCUCGGGUAGCAGCAUCAACACAACAUCCGAUUUCCUUUCCUACGUCAACUCUCGAGGCUACGACAACGUUACAGCCCAAGACUUCUCAAUCCUGUACCCCGACAUUCCAGAACUUGGUAUCCCAGAGACCUUCGACGGCCGUCCAGCAGUCGGAGCCCAAUACAAGCGUGCAGCAGCACUUUCCGGGGAUCUCGGCCAACACGGGCCCCGGCGCUUGGCUUCUCAACUGCUAGCACAAGGCGGUAUCGAUGUUUACUCAUACCGCUUCAACGUCCUAGUCAAUGGCUUCCUCUCAAUCCAAGGCGCAGCACACUUCCAAGAAGUCGCCUUCACUUUCUACAACACCGAAGGUCUGGGCUAUCCACAAAACGGCAAUCCCAACCCAUUAGGCGGCGAGAAUCGUGAGCAGUACCUUGCUCUGGCUAAACAAAUGACGAGGAUGUGGAUUUCUUUCGUCAACUUUGGAGAUCCAAAUCGGCAUGGUUUGGUUGGUGAUGAAUUUGAGUAUUGGCCAAAAUAUGCGGGUGAUGGCGUGGAUGAGGUGGGAAAGAAUUUCGUGUUUGAGCAGAAUGUUACGAGUCAUGCUGAAGAUGAUUUGUAUCGUGCCGAGGGAAUUGAGUAUAUUGGAAGACUGAUUGAGGCGAGGAAUGGGAAAAAUUGCUCGGGGUUGGUGGACUGUGGUGGGAGUGCUACUUACCCAUGAAUAAUACUCUAGGAGCAUCGUGUGAGCAGUGUGAAUCUGGUAGUAGCCCUGCCACACACGGG